GGUCGAUCCAGCUGAUAUUGUAAUAUAUAUUCAAACCAAAUUAAAAUGGCAUUAUUUUCCCACGUACAUCUGUCCUCUUACUCGCUCAAUCGUACUCCGAAACCUUGCCGUCUGCAAAGGUCAACAUAGGGGCUCACCGUCGAUGAUGGAGAGUUGUGUCAUUCAAUUCGCUGGGGUUCAGCAUGAGCAAACACUCUACUAAUGGAUGCGAUAGCUGAGGUUACGUAUGAGCGCUAAUCCUAGUCUUUUUUUUUAGUUGCUCUCCAGCAACUGAAGGCUGUGUCCAGAUGCGUAGGCUAAGCUAGCAGUGCUCUCGCAUUGGCUGGGCUGCGAUGCUGACUCGCCAUGUGGGCACGAAGACGCUCUCGGUCUGAGCGCCAAAGAACAGCUGUACAGCUGUGAACCAAUGACAAGCGGGAGACGGCGCUAAGCGCAACAGCAUCUUCAGCGGUGAUAUUUAAACCACGGGCAGACUACUGGCAAUGCAAGUUGUAGCGUUUCCAAUGUGUUUGAAGGUGAAGAUGAUGCUGUUUCCACUGCGAAUCUCACAUGGACUAGAUGGGGUUUCUGGACUAACCUGUGGAUACAUGAGCUGAAACCCAUGAUGCCUUAUCUCAUACAACUGCUGUUUUUCGUUCUCUGCCUGAUCCUUAUCGGCGAAUGCCGAAAACACGCAACUAGGGAAAGGAGGUGGACGGGACCAGUGGAAACCCAGAAGCAUGGCACUGCACUGACAAAGAAGCCACCAGAUGUCACUAAAUCUAAGAAGUUGAAGACAGAGCAAAUUCUUCGUGUGGAUGACCAUGACUUCACAAUGAGGCCAGCAUUCGCAGGCCCUGCCGUUCCAGUUGGAGUUGACGUGCAAGUGGAAAGCUUGGAUAGCAUUUCAGAAGUAGAUAUGGACUUCACCAUGACCCUGUACCUGAGACACUAUUGGAAGGACGAGCGUCUGUCGUUCACCAGCUCCACGAACAAGAGCAUGACCUUCGACGGCCGCCUGGUCAAAAAGAUCUGGGUGCCUGACGUCUUCUUCGUCCACUCCAAGAGGUCCUUCAUCCAUGACACCACCACUGACAACAUCAUGCUGCGUGUGUUUCCCGAUGGACACGUGCUCUACAGCCUGAGGGUCACAGUAACAGCAGCCUGUAACAUGGACUUCAGCCGAUUCCCCCUGGAUUCACAGACUUGCUCGCUUGAGCUUGAAAGCUACGCCUACACGGAUGAGGACUUAAUGCUGUACUGGAAGAACGGCGACGAGUCGCUGAGCACGGACGAGAAGAUCUCCCUGUCUCAGUUUAUGAUCCAGAAGUUCCACACUACCUCCCGGCUGGCUUUCUACAGCAGCACAGGCUGGUACAACCGCUUGUUCAUUAACUUCACUCUGCGGAGACACAUCUUCUUCUUCCUGCUGCAGACCUACUUCCCAGCCACCCUUAUGGUCAUGCUGUCCUGGGUAUCAUUCUGGAUCGACCGCAGAGCAGUGCCAGCCAGAGUCUCUUUAGGCAUCACAACUGUGCUCACAAUGUCCACCAUCAUUACUGGAGUCAAUGCCUCCAUGCCUAGAGUCUCCUAUAUCAAGGCAGUGGACAUUUACCUGUGGGUCAGUUUUGUGUUUGUGUUCCUGUCCGUGUUGGAGUACGCCGCAGUGAACUACCUGACCACAGUCGAGGAGCGACGAGGCAGGAAGUACAGAGAGAGGAUGAGAGAACAGUCCCUGCCUUGCACCUGUGGCAUGUCUCACACGGGCACCAUGAUGGGCGACGGCACCUACAGCGAGGCGGACACCAACAGCCUGGCAGGCUACACCGAGGCCCCCAUGGUCCACGAGGAGGAGCACGAGAAGCAAGAGCACAUGGUGGUGCACCUGUCUGUGAGCAGUGAGUCCACCACCACCAAGAAGAAAGGCCUGCGCUCAUUUCGCAUUAUCAAGAACACUCAUACCAUUGACAAGUACUCCCGCAGCUUCUUCCCCGGGGCCUAUAUCAUCUUCAACCUGAUAUACUGGUCAGUGUACUGCUGAUCCGGGCCUGGAUUGCAAGGCUCGAACCUUGAGCUAACCACCCGAGGGGCUAUGAACUCACAAUGCCUCCUCCUCGCCCAGAGGAACACAGACUGAGUGUUGCGGCAUCUAGUGUUUCUGUUGUCAUAAGUUUUAUGUUUUUUGAGUUUCUUUCAAAUGUCAGCUGGGUCUCUGUAGAAGCAUCACAAGGCUCCAUUGGUCUUAUUUAUCGCGGGAGAGAAGAUGAGACUGAGAGUCAGAUGCUUUUUUCUUCAAAGAUUUGAUCUUGGACUUUUAAUAUCUGCUUGAAAUACAGUGACCCACCAAAUGUCAUUUUAAUUCUGAUGCUGUUUUAAAUGUUACAAGUGAUGUUGGUGUUAGCUUUGCUUUCGGUUAGGUUGAUCUAAUAUUUAUUAGUGUGUGUGUGUGUGUGUGUGUGUAUGUGUGUGCGCACGUGUAUGUGCACGUAUGUCCAUGAGUGUGUGUCCACACGGGUGCAUUUGUGUGCAAGUGUGCACGUCUUUGAAUGAUCAUUCGUGAGUGUAUGCGCUUAUGUCUCUUUGGACAGAAAUCCUUAAAUAAAUAGCAUGUUUGUACUGUAAUGUACAUGGUAAUGUUAAGCAUUUGAAGCACUUUGAAAAUAAAUGCCACCCCAUUUUGUUAUCUAAGAGGGUAUAAACAAAGUGAUUAAAAUGUGGGGAUUAUCUCAGAACAUGAGCCUAUGUAUUGCUGCAUUAGUGUGGAAGUGUAUAUUUUCCUCUAGGAUAUCCUACACAUGCUAAUGUUCUUACAUUGUAUUUAUAGCUUUUUUCCAUUAACUUAAGGCAAGGGGCUUUUUGAUUUAAUCAUGUUAAACUUGAUCAGUCAUGUGACUAGCAUCUUAAACUGCCUUAAGUAACUUGGUUUGAUAAAAAAGCAGUGUAAGUAAAUGGUUGUUGGAAAUCUGUGUACUGUUACAGAAAAAAAAACCUGUUGGUCAUAAAGCUACUGCAAUGUUUUGCUUCUUUCAAAUCCAUGUUUGCAUUGGUGGGAAAGAAUGUACAAUGUAUUUAUCAUCUGCUGUAAAAUAAACAGAAAUUAAGUAAAAAGCAUUUUACAAAAAAA